CAUGUAGAAUGCACGACUCAGCUCAAGCCUGCCGGGGCCCUAUUGGGCAUUUUGAUUUUGGGCAUGACUGGGGGUCAAAGCUGUGCCACUAUUUUUAAACCGGGAGCCAGAUUGCUGGAGCGAAACCUUACACUUUGUCAGGCUACUGUUAGCACGGGUGUGAGUCUGUUUGUGUCCUUUGCGCUAUUAAUGUUCCUGCAUAAUCAUUUCAGUUCUACAGCCAGACUCGGUUGUGGAGGAUGUGUGCUUAAUUUGACCAUAUACACACGCACGCACACACAUGUAAGCAGUACCACCAACACGUAGGCAAAAGUUAACUGGCAUAGUUUGACGAUCUGUGAAAAUGUCAUGACCUCUGUCGUCCUAUUCCUGUGCUGAUCUCAAGCAAAAGCUUGAAAAUGGAGACGUCCUUUUUUUUUUUUUUGUAUUCUGAAAGCAAACAAAACGAAAUCCAAUCUGCAUAUGGAUGUGGUGGCAUCAAGUGUGUAAGACAUUUUUUCAAGCUCUGUUGUGAACAUAUUUGGGAUGGGGGUUAGUGCGUGAGGAAACCUAAUAAUGUGAUGAGACCCUCUUGCUGGAGAGAGAAAGAGAGACAUCUUGAGGUCUUCACACAUGGGAAAGGGGACUGAAGUACUGGAUUUGCGUCACCGUACACACACGGAGAACGGGCACAGAACAGAUUGCAAGUGAACGUGAGGGAAAAGGAUUAAAGACGCCAAGUGCUCGUCUUCCUCCUCUUGGAUGUUUUACUGCUGUGUGAGCAGCACAUAAAAGUUUGUGAUGUAGCAGUCACUGGAGGAGCCAUCCUAGACUUUUAAAUGGAUGCAAUAUAAUAACCACUAUUUUUGGGGAAUUACACUGCAUGCUUAACAAUUUUCUAGGCUCUGUCCAGUUGCCUUCGGUACUUGAGCAUUCUGUUCAUCCCACAGUCCGCAUUGGAUUUUUGUUUUCAGGAGUUUUUCAACUGUCAAAAAUGCCGCCCAUGUUCCUGUUUUUAUUCCUCGUUUUCCCUGCUGCCGCUCUUGUGGUCGCCGGUGACCUGUCGGGCUUCCCGAUUGGGGGCACAGGUUUCAAUCCGGGUGACCCAUGCAUGGUGGUGUCGCCGCCAUGUAUGAGCGAGGCCGAUCGUUACAGCCUGGAGGCUCUGCAGAGCAUCCACCAGAUGAUGGACGAUGACAAGGACGGAGGGAUUGAGGUAGAAGAGAGUGUGGAGGUAAAAUAUUCUCUUCUUCUUCCUCAAAUGUCCUCGUCGGCUGCAGGGUGGCACGCAGGAUCAAAUCGGUGCAACGACAACAGUUCAUCAUUGAAGACAUGAAGCAGCAGCAGACCAACAAACAUAGCCACCUGCAUGGAGAAGAUCAGCACAUUACAGUGGAGGAGCUUUGGAAAGGCUGGAAGUCAUCCGAAGUUCAUAAUUGGACCCAAGACGACGUUAUCUGCUGGCUCAGGGAGUUUGUCGAGUUGCCGCAGUAUGAGAGGAACUUUAAAGACUUCAAAGUCAAUGGAAACACGCUCCCAAGGAUUGCAGCCAAUGAGCCUUCAUUCCUGAGUGGCCAACUGAGAGUUCAGGAUCAGAGGGACAAACAGAAGCUCAACAUUAAAGCUCUUGAUGUAGUGCUGUUUGGACCGCCUACGCGCCCCCCUCACAAUUACAUGAAAGACCUGCUGCUCAUUGUGUCAGUAGUGAUGGGAGUUGGAGGCUGCUGGUUUGCUCAGGUCCAGAACAAAACCAGCAAGAUCCACAUCACCAAGAUGAUGAAGGAUUUGGAAAGCCUGCAGAGGGCUGAACAAAGCCUCCUAGACAUGCAGGAACAACUGGAGCGAGCCCAGGAAGAGAAACGCAAUGUGGCAGAGGAGAAGCAAAACCUGGAGGAGAAGAUGCGAGACGAGAUCAUGGGGGCACAGGAGGAAGCCCACCGGCUGCAAGAGCUGAGGCAGGGGGCCGUCAGUGAGCUCAGCCGCCUCCGAUAUGCAGAAGAAGAACUUGCGCAGGUCCGUGGAGCACUAAGGCAGGCAGAAAAGGACAUGCAUGCUUCCUGGACCGCCUCAGAAGUCCUCCAGCAUUGGCUCCAGUUGACACAUGAAGUUGAGGUCCAGUACUACAAUGUCAAGAAACACAGUGCUGUAUUACAGCUUGCCAUUGCCAAAGAAGAGGCAGAAAAGAUUAAGAAGAAGAGAAGCUCAGUGCUUGGGACUCUCCACGUUGCCCACAGUUCAUCUUUGGAUCAGGUUGACCACAAGAUUCUCCAGGCAAAGAAUGCCUUGUCAGAGGUAACGGCAUGCCUGCGGGAGCGUCUCCAUCGCUGGCAACAUAUUGAGCGGAUCUGUGGCUUCCCCGUCAUCAGGAAUCCUGGCCUCACCAACCUCACCGCUCUGCUCUACUCAGACUCACUCGCUGCGGGUUUUCCCAGAGUGCCUCAGCCAUCUUGCUCAUGCCACAGCUCAGUUCAUGGGUCAAUCGAGGACCUGUUGGAAGCGUCUACCGCGGCUGUCAUAUCUCAAAUUCCAGGUGCUCCACUUAAGAACUCUCCUCGAACCCAGCUGUCUACUAUACGCCGGUCACGUCGUCACGGUGUCACACAACCACCAACCACUCUGAUCUCAGCAGAUCCUGACCUUCUCAUCCCAAUUCGAGGACCCCAUCCUUGUUACAAUGAGGACGAUGGAGUCUUUCGUAAAACCAUAAAGAAACAAGACUCCCAAGAAAGGUUCUCAGAUUCUGACCAUUGCACGUCACCUUCUCAUAGCAAAAUGUACCCUUGUUCCACUGCUGAUGCCUCCCACAGAAAGAUCUAUCAUGAUGAAACAGAACCUCUUGCAGACAGGUCUGCGACAAAGCCUGUGAGUAAAGAAUUGGGAGCUGAAGUUGAAUCUCCAAUUGGAAACAUUUCUAUGGAUGAUCUUGAAUCUCCUGUAGAUAUUUCCUGCAGGAAGAUGGCCAAAGAUAAAGUUCUGGACAAUUCUUUGGAAACUGCUUCAAUGAUGAUGUCAAAAGAGGGGUCUUUAAUCGAGGCGUCAUUCAGGAAGAGAUCCAGAGAUAGGAGUGAAGUUGCGACAGAUUUUCUAAUUAGAAAGAUAUCUUCCAAUGAAUUAGGUAAAGAAUUUCCACCUCGGAAAAUAGACAGAGAUAUAAUAGAAGAUGUUACAGCAAAUCCAUCGAGAAACAUACCUAAAGAUCGAGGUGAUUUACCACUUGAAGUCCGGAAAAUUGUUUGGGAUGAAGUAGAGGCAACAGAAUUUGGACAUAAGAACUUAUCAAGAUGUUUGCUGGGUGCUUCGGUAGACAGUGCCUCAAAGAACAUACUAGAACGUUCUGAGUCUCCCUUUGACUUAGUAGCAAGAAGGAUUACAAGAGACUCAAUGGGAAUGUCCCUGGAUGGAAGUUCUAGGCAUCUUGAUUCCCCUUUGAAGGGAAUAGCCAAAGAAGACAAAAUGGUUGAGGUGCCUGCAAUACCCUCAAGAAAAAUCUCUAAAGAGGGGUAUUUUGCAGACACUGUUUCCAUAACGGCUGUACCCAGAGAGGAAACAGAACAACAUUUGCAACACACAUCUUCAACAGAGAAGCUAGAGAUCGGUUCAGAACCGCCAAUAAAUAGGAGGCUAUGUAAAGAAGAGUGUGAAGUACCUCUCAGAAGGAGAACACCUCGAAUGCCAAGUGAUGACCAGGUUUCACAAGAAAAUACUCCCUGGGAUAGAGUUGAAUCACCUCCGGAAACACACCGUCCUCAAGUAGUGAGGGAAGAGUCCGAAGAUUCCGAAUCAAACUCGGCCCCAGGUGAAACUGAGCAGCCAGACCUUACAGUGAACGCCCACGUGCCGUGGAAGUCAUCUGCAGAUAUCUUCGCAGCUGCUCCACUGAGCCAGCUUGUUUAUGACGGAAUCCUGGAGAAGUCCUGCAACCCCUUGGCAGCAACCCCAUGGAGCCUUUCUGCCUCAACUGCCAACCAUCCUCAGUGCUUCCCCAGGGUUCUGGCAGAGUCUGAGCAACUGGUGGCACCAGCGAGAGGAACCUACCAAUCUCCGGCAUCCUCCUUUGAAGCUAAAGAUGACAGAAACAGGGAUAAAGAGAAGAGCAAGAAGUCUUUGAAGCUGAAAAAUCUGUUCAAAAAGAAAAAUGAGGCAACGACAGAGAAGGUACAAAGUGGUCUCCAGAAACUUUGACGAUGGAUUGAGCAUACUUGUGAUGGAUCCUUUUUUUCCCCAGUUUUACAAAUGUACUCAUCCCAGUGUAGAUUUCAUUUUAAGGUAGUCCUUUAAAAAUUAUCUGUAGAGUCACCAAUCACAAAACAUCCAAGAGAUAUUAUUGCAUUGUCUCAAAUUGUGGACUCCAAUCAAGUAAUUGUCUUUGAUUUGAAACUAAUAAGCACCUAACUCCCCAAAAAGGCCUCCUUUUUCCCCCUCAGGAAAAUUUACAGAUUUGACUGUAUUGACUUUGACUGGCCGAUGAAGUGACUUGGUCAUUUCAUAAACAGACGCAAAUGUCCCCGCAUGUGGACCAUAAAAAGUUUACUGCUGAGUCCAGCUGGACUCCAUGGCGGGUGCCUGGGCUGCUUUGAGGGGCAACGAUAGCGCACUCUAGAUUACCAGCAGCGUCCCCGUUGCAGCCCUGAGAAAUUGUGUGAUUUUUUUUUUCUCCCCCCCCCCCCCUCAUUUCAUAUGUGUGCCGUCGGUAUCAGAGAACAGAAUCAGAGAAUUAUGUUUCAGGUAGCUGAGCCCCUUCAGACUCGUUCUGUCCGGUCUUUCUCGGUACCCUCAGCCCUAAUAAACGCUGAACCCCUAAUAGAAGCCCCAAACUCUGCACUUGACUCAACUGCUCCUGCCACUACAUCAGGAAAAACUUUUAUAUUUGAAGUAGUUUUGCUUUGUCUUUCUGUCAAGUCUUCUGGUUGAUACCUCGGUACAUUCAAUGAGGCUGAAAGAGAUGAGAAAGAGCUCUUUGUGUGUGUGUCUGUGUGCGUGUGCGUGUGUGUGCCAAGGCCAAGGAUUUAUUUUGAUUAGAAAUCACCAUGAAAACAUCUACGUUUUUACUACAGUUUGUAAAGCAGCCAUCAGUUAGUUUUUUCUUGAGCUCAUUUUGGCUCUUUUAUUUUUGUGCAUGAAAAGGAGUCAGAUUAUUUUUUUUCUUAAGACUUGUUAUUACUACGUAAUGCACCGGUAAAAGUGAUUCAGGUUUUUUAAAGACUUAUGUUGCAGCUGUGAGGCACAAAGGGGGAAGAGGUCUUUAUUUUGCACGUCAGGCUCUUUUUGACACGGUGCCUCCGUGCUUGAACUGAGGUGCGUUCACACACACACAUACACAAAAAAAACCCAAAAAGCCUGUAGUGAUGCAUUCAAUUUCAAUUGGAGAAAUUAACACAUAUACAAGAAUACAAAAUCGUAAUUAGUAAAUACUGUUAUAAAUAAAAUAUGUGGUGUGUGUGUGGACAAAUAUAAACACAAUAACAACUUGUUUUAUGAAUCCUCGGAAAAGUAUUACUUAAUCCUAUGAAAAGUAUUACUUAACAGUCAUGUCUCCCACACCUAUAUUAUGUCAUUGGAAAAAAGGUUAUUUUCUUUGGGCUUUCAACAAUGUUUAUGCUUUGAUGAUUGUUUUGCUGUUGAUUAAAUGUAAUACGCCACAGUAUUCAACCUUUUCUAGCUGUGCUCUGAAAAUGUCUUGAUAUUUUAAUCAAUUGCUGUGCGUGAUGCUAUCACACAAUUUUACAGGUGUGUGGUUAGGCAGAAUAAAUACUGGAUUUUCUGUGUUUCAUUGACUUUAGAGUGAUAAAUUAUUGAAUGAGGGCUGAAGGAGUAAGAAUACAAAUUUGAGCGAGUAGGAUGGCCUCGAACUGCUCCCCCUUAACACACCCAUGAAGCAUUUCCCCCGCUUACUGUACGUAGAUAAUAAUUGUAUUAUUUGUUUAUUUAUUUGUCGCUUAACUCGGGAGGACCUUCCUGGUAACACAUUCUUCAUGCAGCUGAAACGGUACUGCCACGAACCAAAUGUUUAUUUUGUGUUAAAUGAAACCCAAAGGUCAUGCAGGCCAGUUUGGUCUUACUUUUGAACAGAUCAAGCUCGGUCAGAUCGUUUUUCUUGGUCAGAGCAAGAAGGAUAUUAUUUCUGUAUCAUGUGGUCAUCCUUGAACAUUCUGACAUGUGUUGGUUAUCCAUUUCUACUAGUUUUCCUGCCUGUGUAUCAGUGAUCAAGUUGGAGGGACUACACAUAGUUUAAUAGUUAAAUAAACGGAUGUGAUGACACAAAAGUCUUAAAUGUUCAGCAUAUAUGAAUCUGAUCAUCUUCGGGUGCCCUCAAUAUUAUUGAGAGAUUCAUUCAUUCAUUCAUUCAUUAAUGUAGUUAAUUCAUUGCAAGGACACUUUUACUUCAUCAUGUUUUUUUGUUUUGUUUAAACAAUUACUUGUGUGUAGAGUGUCCAAUAUUGUUUCAUAUUUUAAUGGAAGCAGUUGCAUUGAUGACUCUGUUUUGGUCGUUACAACCCGUCAUAAGUGCAAUUUUAACCAACAUUAGCACUAUUAAGGCGUUUUAUUCCGCAACCCAAUUAUGCGGCUGCGGCGGCUCGGCAGUUUAAAUCCCGACUCCGAUUGUCCGCGGUCGAAGUGUCCUUGGGCAAGACACCCGACUCUAAGUUGCCUCCGGGUUGCCAUUGUCAAUGAGAAAACUGUUCUCAAUUGCCUUACCUUGUUAAACUAAGAAACAUAUUAGAAUUAUUUAUUGCCAGAACAAAUGAAGAAAGGAGCACCUACACUUUCGAAUAAACACAGUUUCCUUUCACCACAAUCACAUUUCUUGAUGCUUUCCCAUAUGUAAUUAGCAUGAAAUAAUUGUACAUGUUAAAUGAAAACUCGAAAUAUGUAUGUUAUUGAAGGAGCAAUGUGACCUUCAUUGUUUACAAACUUAAUCAACUUGAGCGUUAAUUCGUUUACUGUACCCAUAUUUGAGACUUCACCAUGAUGUUUGACUGAUUGUUUAGAAAUAAGAUUCAACUGUUUAUUUUCAUUAUAACUUUCUUUGUUUUGUUAUUUGAGUGCUACUACUCUGACUGAACUAUACAAAGCCAAUUGCUGCUUCCUCACACUUUCUGAAAAAUAAACAUAGUAAUUUCAUUUGAAAA